AUGAGGCAACAAGUAAUUCUCAUCUGCCUCAGCCUUAUAUACUUUGGAGCGGCUGGCUCCGACAAGCAUACGUCAACAAAAUCACCGCAUGAAGCAGCAGUAGCAGUGCAAUUAGCAGAAGGAAGUGAGACUCAUGACAAGCAGCCCAUUUCGUGUGGUGUAUUUACGCUUCAAUGGAACCACGUGCAGGCUAAAAAGCAGAAAGCUUGCCAUGAGUUAAAGUAUCAGACCGCCCCGGAUAAUCAUUUGUCAAACAUACUCGGCGAAAUAUAUGAACCACGAAGAACAAGCAUACCAUGGAAUAAAAAAUAUUACAUGUACCCUCUGACCCAAAUCGUGGCCGAUACCGGCGGAAUUCUUAGCAAUACCCCGUACUUAUUUAUCACGAAUACAUGCUCCCUUGUCGCUAUCUAUCUGCGCAUAGGUGCGAGAACUAAAAGUAAGGUGCGGACUCCAAUUCAGCAAGAAAUAUACAAGCGCUGCUGGGACAAACGCGAGGGAAAUGAAGCGGUGGUUACAGACGAGAAUGAUUUUGUCAACAGUAUUUACCCUCAUUCCUUCAUUCAAGGAUCCCAAAAACCAGCCGCUCCGUCAGUUCUAUCUCAAGAAAAGCACAAAAGGCGAUGA